AUGGAUUUCCCACCGAAAAGAGCAGAGGCACUAGUCAACCGUAUAUCAGAGAUUCUAAAGAGCAGACAUGAAACCGUUGCAGUUACCGAAGCCGCCUGCGGAGGACUACUUUCAAGCUACCUAGUGUCUGUAACGGGGGCAUCUGAAUGGUUUGACGGUGGUACUCUAGUCUACAGUUUAAAAUCUAGGUUGAAGCUAAGCGGAUGGAAUUCAGAGGAUAUUGAAAACUACACAGGCCCCAGUGAUAACGUUGCGCUGCGAUUAGCAAGGAAUUUAAGGCUAGAAUUGGGGAGCACCUACAGUUUGAGUGAAACUGGUUACGCAUCUCUGAUGCCCAACAAUCCAGAAGCUACCAACAAGACUGGUAUGGUUUAUUUUGGAAUCUCAGGCCCCCACAGAGAUUUAUGUCAAAAUUAUAGCACAGGUAGUGGUGACCGUCGCUAUAACAUGCAGCAGUUUGCAAUUAAAGGUCUCGAAUUCCUAUUGCAGGAGUUAGAAGCCCGUCAGAGGGAUCCAGAACAACAUAGAAGCAAGAGAUCGAAAUCGAGUGAACCUGAACCUGAUUCAAAAGGCAGCAAUCCUACCGAGGAAUAA